GCAGAACGAUUCACGUUAACUGUGUGGCUCAACCAAACGAAAUUUAACCAUACGGAAUUGACCAAAUUUCAAAUGCAUUUAAUAAAUUGACAUUAGUUUUAUGAUUCGAUGAUGCAUUUUUAUUUGCGAUUAAUUUAUAAGUUUCACUCAAUAUUAGCGUUUUUGCUUACAGCUGAUUCACAUGCCAUGUUCUAAAAAAAACACAACACACAAAGCACACAGCGAUUAUAUGGCAUCGAACCUUCUCCAUUUGUUCGGGCCCCGUUUGACAGUUUGAAACGUCAAAACACUUCAAGUAUAAACAAAUCACAACGACCACAUCGAAUCAACUGUGGGUUUUAUUAUCUUUUUGAUUUUGUCACAGAAAAAUUAAACGAAAUUUGGCUUUUUCCAAUCAUGAUUAAAAUUAUUGCGUUUGGCCUUAUUGCACACGCUUUGUUUUUGGCAUCAAUUUUUCAAAUUUAUUUUCAAUCGCCGGUCAUAAGUGGUCUUCAGGCACAGCCAAAUUUGAAUGAUUCACCGGCCAAAAGGCUGGUGCUGUUCGUGGCCGAUGGACUGCGUGCCGAGUCAUUUUUCCGUGAUAAUUUGCAGCAGACACCAUAUUUACGGAGUGUUAUUUUGAAUGAGGGUAUUCAUGGAAUAUCACAUACACGUGUACCAACCGAAUCACGGCCAGGACACGUUGCACUAAUUGCUGGAUUUUAUGAAGAUCCUAGUGCUGUGCUCAAAGGAUGGCAACGUAAUCCAAUCGAUUUUGACUCGGUAUUCAAUCGCAGUGAUACGACAUACGCUUGGGGCAGUCCGGAUAUCAUUUCGAUAUUCACAAAACAAUCGGUAAAUAAUCCAAUCGUUGCCAAUGCCUAUGCACCAGAAUUUCAAGAUGUUUCCGGUAAAUCAAGCACGGUACGGUUAGAUACAUGGGUUUUUGAUAAAGUCACCGAAUUCCUUCAUCAAGACAAACGAAAGAUUGCCGACAAAAAUCACACCGUUUUCUUUUUACAUUUACUCGGUUUGGACACAGCUGGCCAUGUUCAUAAACCAAACACAGUGUUAUUCGAUACGAAUCUAAGAGAAGUAGACGAGGGUAUUUCGAAAAUCGUUGCAUUAUUCAAUGAUCGAUUUCCAGAUGGAAAAACCGCAUUUGUUUUCACUGCCGACCAUGGCAUGUCGAACAAAGGCGCACAUGGGGCUGGUACUGCACACGAAACUGAAACACCGAUUAUUGCUUGGGGUGCAGGUGUUAACUAUUGGAAAAAUUUAGACCAUCAUGAUACACAACAUGAAACCAUCAUCAAUGAUGUUAGAGUGCCACGGUUCGAUAUCAAACAAGCCGAUGCUACACCUCUGAUGUCAUCUUUGAUCGGAACGGCUGUGCCAACCAACAAUCUUGGCAAACUUCCAGCACAAUAUUUGAAUGUGUCAGAGGAAUACGAAUGCCAAAGUGUACUUCAAAACACCGUACAAAUUGCAAAACAGUUCAAGCACUUGCAAAAUGAGUAUAAAAAAGGCUUUUUGUUUAAAGACUAUCAUUUGCUUCGUGAAAAUGAGCUGCUCUCGAUAGAAUAUGAAAUUCAAAGUACCAUCAAGGACAAAGCAUACAGCAAAGCGAUUAAACUCGCUUAUGAUUACAUCGACUUGGCUUUGGGUGGCAUAUACUACUUCCAAACAUACUACCAGAAUCUGUUGCUGUUGGCCGUUAGCAUUGCGAUGAUUGGUUGGAUGUUUUCAUUAUAUCAACAGUUGGACAUGGAUCGAGCAGCUCAAAACCAAAAACCAGGAUACCAUUCGUCAAAGUCAUUCUUGCAAACGAAUGUCAAUACCCUGGGAUUGAUAGCAUUGAUUGCCUUGUUUGUUUAUGUUCAGGAUAUGUCAUUGGCCAAUGGUGUCUUUUUGAUUUUACCGGUUUUGUGUUGGUAUCCAGUUAAAACAUUCAAUAUGCUACGACAGUUGACCAAAUUUGAAACAUGGUUUUGGAUUGGUGGCAUUGAAUUGCUAGUGCUGUCAUUCUUCAACCGUAUUUUCUUGAGUGGACUGUUGUUGGCAUUGUUAGCAUACGAGUUUUAUGUUUUAAAAGAUAAAAAAGAAAAAUUGGAAGCAUUCUUCAAAUGGGCUUUAAACAGUGCAAUUUUAGCCAUAUAUCCAGCUAUGCCACUGGUGGAUAAAGACUCAAACAACAUAUUUCUAUUAACGAUUGGUCUAGGCGCAUGGGGCUUGAAAAUCUUCUAUGCAGCAACAUCUGAUCGGAAUUCAUUUAAAAUUGCCAACCUGGUGGUGUUUGCAAUCGGUGCAUUGGAUUGCCUAUUGAUUGUCUAUGAUUUGAACGAACGCAAGGGAUUGAAUGAAUUCAAUCAAUUUUUCGCGUGGAUUUUGUUGAUUAUCUCAUUUGUACUACCAACAAUCGGCCCGAAUUCAUUCCGUGAUCGAUUGAUGGCCAUUAUUUCUAGUCUUGCACUACCAUUCUGCCUGAUGUCACUAUCAUAUGAACCAUUGUUCUACAUGACAUUCACAUCGAGCAUUUACUACUGGGUUUCAAUGAUCUAUACCGAUCGCAAGCAAAUGUACACGCAACAAAUUGAGCAUACGGACCAGGAGCGAUCGAUUGAACCGAUCGAUUUCAAACGGGCCUUCAUCUGUAUAAUUUAUGUGCUGGUGUCAUUUUUUGGAACUGGGAAUAUUGCAUCAGUGAGUUCGUUUGAUCCGAACUGGGUUCGAUGCUUUGUAUCCACAUUUGCACCAUUCCUGAUGGCGUCGCUCAUCAUCUUGAAGCUGUUGAUUCCGGUGAUAGUGGUUAUGUGUGCCGUCCGGCAAAUUCAUUCCAUCACCAAAAUUCCUCUUGACAAAUUUUUCAUCAUAAUAUUGCUUUGUUGUGACAUAAUGUGCCUGAAUUUCUUGUUUUUGGUCAAAAACACGGGGUCAUGGCUGGAGAUUGGCACGUCCAUUUCCCAUUUCGUUAUAAUGGAAGCGACAGUGGUCGUGUUGUGUUUACUACAGGUUAUUGCCAAGUUCUUGACCACAUACCAGCUACAAUCGCUGUUUGGCUUCGGGAAAACGCGUGAUCUCAGCGCCGACACCGUUAAAAUAGAAUAAUUUCGCCAAAGAUUUCGUUUCGAAUUAUCGUAAACAAAGAAAAAUUUAUAUAUAUAUAUGUAUAGUUCCGUUAACUUAUAUUAUGUAUAAGGAUAAGGUCGUGACUUGGAGUUAAAUAAAGAACCAGUACUUUUUAAACAA